AUGGCCUUCAGAAAGCGCAACGUAGCCCUCGCCCGCACGUCAGCAGCGUCAUCACCCUCAAACGAUGUCACCUUGGAGAAUGCUACAGCGGCGCCCGGCGUCAGACCUUCGCCGCUGACCUCACACCCGACCACUUCCACCGGCACUCCUUCACUCGAUGGUUUGCUCGCCGGCCAUGCUGGGCUCGCGCUCGGGUCGAGCUUACUCGUGGAAGAGAGCGGCACCACCGACUUUGCCGGCGCGCUGCUGAAGUACUACGCUGCUGAAGGCAUCUGCCAGAGACAUGUGCUGCAUGUUGUUGGUGUGGGAGAAGGAUGGGUCAGGGAGCUGCCUGGCAUAGCGGAAGAGAAGGGGAGAGAUAAGGCUGCAAAGGUGUCCACGGUCGAUGACGAGAAGAUGAAGAUUGCUUGGCGAUACGAACGGCUAGGUCAAGCUGGAGAAAGAGGUGCGUUGAGAGUGUCCAUGAUACAUAGCCCGAAGAAUAAUUCGCAUGCUCCACGCAUUGGCUUUCCUAUUUCACGACUGAUGGUAAGUGCAGCUCUGCCAGACCGCAGCAUCCCCUCAACAUUCAGUGGAACUCCGCAGGUAGAGACACCAUUCUGCCACACAUUCGAUCUUGCCAAACGCAUCACCCUCCCAGCAGAUGCGAAGGUCAAUCACAUCCCCAUCUCUCCAAGUCAGACAUAUGAGAGAAUAAUGCAGUCACUAUCUCAAAGCCUGGUCUCCUCACCCUCCGACAGCAUACACAGACUAGUCAUCCCGUCGAUUCUUAGCCCGGCACUCUAUCCACCCACUUGCAGCCGACCAGAAGCCUUCCUGGCCUUCUGUCGCUCUCUCCGAGCCCUCCUGCGCCAAUAUUCGACCAGACUCACAGCAAUCAUCACGCUCCCGCUUGAACUCUAUCCUCGCACCUCCGGCCUCGUGCGGUGGGCGGAGAUCCUAAGCGAUGGCGUGGUCGAACUCACGCCCUUUCCACAUCUCAUGGACGCCUCCAAUGCUCUAGCUGAGAGUGGCGGGGCAAGGGCUUCCGAAGAGCAACCACAAGGCAUGGUCAAAUUCCACAGACUACCCAUCACCACAGAGCGCGGCGAAGGAGGCGCGAGCGUUGGGAACAGCCUCGGAGAAGACCUAGCAUUCACAGUCAGUCGAAGAAAAUUCGUCAUCAAGCCUUUCUCUCUACCGCCUAUCGAUGGUGACCAGGAAGCUCAGAGAGAAAGUGGGAGACCAACAGGCAAAGACGUAGAAUUCUGA